CCUAGCCUCUCACAUUUUCUUGCAUAUUGCUUUCUAGCCGUAAACAUUUCUCAUUCUGGACAACUUCGGCCAAUUUAAUCUCGAUAUUUUUGGUUUCUUUCUGCUUGUUUGAUCAUGCUAAGCUUGAAAAACUCAACCUUACAGAGUCUUUCUUAAUAAAAUACACUCCAAGCUAAUUGUUGAUUAGCCUUUGAUUUGCUACUUCGCUAGAACAUGUAGGUUCCUUAAUUUAUUAGAAACAUAUCAUUUGAGAUGAAAUUGACACAUGGUAUUUAUGCUUUAAUUAGUCCAAUGUCAGGAUUCUGUUUUUGUUCAACUCAAAAAAGAGGAGAGAGGGCAAAAGCUUAUUGUUGCUGUCCUAGAUUGAUCCCAGGUUUCGGAAGGAGUCAUCAUUUUGUUGCAAGAUAAGAACCCUUAGGCCAAAGGCCAUGCUUAUGACCUUGAAGAGGAUAGACCAUAAAAAAUUCUUAUGAAGAAUGUACAUGAUCCUUGUGGCGUUUCUGACAAUUUUUGAGAGGAUAGGAGACAUAUUCAUUUCAUGGUUGCCCAUGUAUGGCGAGCUGAAGCUUACACUCUUAAUCUACCUAUGGUAUCCUAAAACCAAGGGAACAGGCUAUGUGUACGACACCUUGUUGCGGCCUUACAUGGCAAGACAUGAAACAGAAGUGGAUAGAAAGAUACAGGAGCUGAAAGCUAGAGCAUGGGACUUUGCUUUGUACUACUGGCAAAAUUGCACAGAAUUGGGGCAGACAAAAUUCUUCGAAAUGUUGCAAUACUUAGCAGGCCAAUCUUCAAGGUUAAAACAUGGCAAUCAGAAAUCUGAUCAGCAAAUUCCAGACAUUCCAACACCACCACCUCCAAAUGGUUUACGUAGUCAAUCAGGGAAAAACAAGAAAUGGAAUUCAACGACAAUCAACCGUUCCGUCGUAGAAUCAUCCAAGUCGAAACUCGUCCAAUUCCAACCUGGCAGCCAAUCAGAAUACGACCAGAGCGAUGACUCCUCCAUUCCAGACUACCCAAGUAACUCCAAGCUCCAACAGGAUCGUCUCAAGCUUCGCCGUUCCAAAGCACACAACUAACAAUUUGUAACAAACAAACAAAAAUUGUACCAAAAAAAAAAAAACCCAAAAUUCUUUAUUGAAUACCAACUCUGAAAUUCAAUUCAUUCAUUUUUUUUUCUUCGUAAUAUAAAUUAUGUUUCUAUAUAAAUUUACGUACAGUUAAA